AUGGUCAAGUUGGUUGCAUUCUGUGCCAUGCUGGUUGCUCUGCAGCUGGUCAAUGGUGAUGGUUGCUGGUACGACUACUUAAAAAUGAAGCUGCCGGAAGACGAGCUGGUAGCCAUCGACGACAAGACAGCUCUUGACGACUGCAAAAAAGUUUGUGUGGACACUGCAAUCUGCUACGUCGUUCAGGUUUCUGGUGGUAAGUGCUACAUAAACAAAAACCCCGUGGUCAACUGGGACAAAAUCAUGGAAGACCAAGAAGAUUCCAACAUCUACUCAUAUGCCUCUUGCAGUGAAGCACCCAAGGACACGCCGGCUGAAACACCCGAAUCUGAAUAA